GUGUAUGACUUUCUAAUCACCACAUACUCAAGUUGAAGGAAAUGGAAUCACCCACACAUGCAUUGCAAAAGAACAAGGGUCUGCCAAUUAAGAAAAGAGGCAACCCUAACCUUCUUCAUAAGCAAUAUCUCUUAUCUCUUGAUCUCAAUCAACCAGCACAAAUUGAACCGCAAGAUCAAUACAAUUGUGAGAUUGAACCAACAAAGAUGGGGAUACAAAAAGGAAGUGUUGUUGAGGCGGAGGUGAAUGAGAACAUCAAUCCGUCGCAGAAAUCAUCAUCAUCAUCAUCAGAAUUGAGCUCCGAUAAUUUACACUCAGUUGGUGUGAUGGGAUGUACGUUUUGCUUGAUGUUUGUGUUAGCUUCCAAAGCUGACCCCAAAUGCCCAAACUGCAAAAAGAACAUGAUAGUUGUUGGCAAUGUUUAAAUGAAUCAUGCAAGAAGAAGAAGAAGAAAACAUUAUGUUUAAGUUUUUUUUUAAAAAAAAAUUAGUAAGAGGUUUAUGUUCUUGUUGUCGUUUGUUUAAGUAAUUUUGUCGUCAUUUGUUUAAGUAAUUUUAAAAAUUAAAUAGAAGUUUAUUUG